AUGAUCUUCUUUGAUGACCGAAAUUUCUCGAGUAUGACAAUGGCCACUCCUUUCUUCCCUAUUUCCACGGCGUUGCUCUCUAUCUUGGCGAUUUUCCCUCUUUUUUGCUAUCUCCCCACCUGCCUUGCUCAGUCCCUCUGCAACGACGGCGUUUUAAUCACGUACAACAAUAACUCGACCGAGCUAAUCCCGCCGUUUCUUAAUCCGGUCAACCUGCCCGACCAGCCGUACCGGUUCAGGUCGACGCUGACGGUUCUCAACAACGGGCGGCAGGAGCUGAAGAAUUGGCGGGUCUUCGUAGGGUUCGAGCACGGCGAGCUCCUCGUGUCCGCCGCCAACGCCGUGCUCGCCGACGGCGCCUUACUGCCGGCGAACGUCAGCGGCGGCGCUGUUUUCUCCGGAAGCUCGCCCACGGACCUGAAAACUGCGAUCGAAACCGCCGGAGAUGUUAACCAGAUGCGGGCGGUGGUGGAGUUGGUGGGGACGGAGUUCGGUGUGGCGCCGCCAAACGCCUCUUUGCCGGGAAAUAUUACUCUUGCUAAUGACGGCUACCUGUGUCAAAAUCUUACCACACAAGGUAACAUCAUGAACACUUGUUGCACACUAGACACGAACACGGAGACGAACAUAACAAGGGGCCAAGAAUUCUCCCCCCUCCAGACAGGCGACGUGACAAUCAUGUACGAUGUAUUGAUGACAUACGAUCCCAACUAUUGGGCUCAACUCACAAUCUCAAAUCACAAUCCAUUCGGUCGUCUCGACAAUUGGGAAGUGAGUUGGGAAUGGAUGCAAGGCGAAUUCAUAAACUCAAUGCGAGGCGCUUUGCCACAAGUGGUUGACAGCGGCGAUUGCAUCUUCGGCAGCCAAGGCCAAUACUAUAAAAACUUGGAUUUCUCUAAGGUUUUGAGCUGCGCAAGAAGGCCAACCAUCAUCGAUCUUCCUCUAUCUAAGGCAAAUGAUUCCAACCUAGGAUUGAUCCCUUUCUGUUGCCGGAAUGGGAGCAUUCUAUCACCAGCCAUGGACCCCACCAAGUCCAAGUCCUCGUUCCAAAUCGAAGUGUACAAAAUGCCCCCGGAGAUCAACAAGACCGAGUUCUCCCCUCCGCUCAACUGGCGGAUUAACAGCACGGUCGGGCCCGGUUAUCAAUGCGGCCAGCCCGUCCGUGUUGUGCCAUCUCUCUUCCCCGAUCCGUCCGGGCUGCCCUCCCAGACGGCCGCUAUCGCCACCUGGCAGGUGGUUUGCAACACUACCAAGACCCAGCCCAGGAAGCUGACCUCAUGUUGCGUCACUUUCUCGUCUUUUUUCAACGACUCGAUAGUCCCCUGCAACACCUGCGCCUGUGGCUGUGGCCAGACACGCACCUGCAGCACCACUGAGCCGGCGCUGCUCCUGCCGGCUCAAGCGCAAUUGGUGCCAUUUGACAACAGGACAAAAUUCAUUAAAGAGUUUGCUAAAAUAAAAAGGAUCAAACUUCCAAAUCCCCUGCCCUGUCCAGACAACUGCGGUGUCAGCAUCAACUGGCACCUAGUAUCGGAUUUCGAGAAGGGGUGGACUUCAAGAGUCACCUUGUUCAACUGGGGCGAAACAGAUGUAGUAGACUGGUUCGCCUCAGUUGAACUGAGCGGGGCAAUGCCCGGAUACGAGAAAGUCUACUCCAUGGAUGGAAAAGUGUUGUCGUAUCCCCAUAACGACACACUUUUCCUGCAGGGGUUGCCGGGCUUAAACUAUCUCAUCGCGGAAAGGAACGGGUCAAACCCGAGAAAGGACCCGCCAGUUCCCGGGUCGCAACAAACGGUCAUAUCUUUCACUAAGAAGCAGACACCGUUAAUUAAUGUCGCCGGCGGAGAUGGAUUUCCGACGAAAGUUUACUUCAAUGGAGAAGAGUGCUCUCUUCCAACAAUACUUCCGAGCAAUGGACGUAGAGAAAUUGUUGCGUCUGCUGUGUUUACCAGCUUUCUCUCACUACUGUUGGUUUACAUUCUUGCGGGGAAAUAGAUUUGAUGGGGAAAUGUAAAAUUGUUGAGGUUAUAGUUUCUACAUGCUUCGGAUUUGUGUAAUUCUUUGUUUAUUCUUUCUGUGAUUCGAUGUAGUUAAGGUUGAAUUUUGUGUUUCUUCGGAUUUGAAUUUCUGCUCAAAUUGUGGUUAGGUGAGUAAUAUGUUUGGAGAAUUUUCUU